CCCCCCCCCAGAAUCACCAUCCAGACCGACAAAAUGCAAGACAAUAGUAAGAGGUGGGAGGGCAGACACACAAGAGAAGACCUGUCCCGUGAUGACUUGGUGUUUCUACUCAGUAUCCUGGAAGGAGAACUACAGGCCAGAGAUGAGGUUAUGACUGUGUUGAAAUCGGAGAAGACAGAUUUGGCUCUACUGGGGGCCCACUAUGGUUUCACCAGACCGGACAAGGUGCUCCGUGCCCUGCGGCGGGACUCCCUCCAGGCCCAGCAGGACCACCUGCACGAUAUGUACGAAAUACCGAUUGCUAAGCUCAACCUCUUGUUGGAAGCCCAGAGGCGUUCAUCCAAACAGAUGCUGGGACAGCUUGAAGAGGUGUCCCGUUCUCACAGUGGCGCCCUGCACAGACUGGAGGAGCAAGAGAGGCGCAACAGGGCUUUUAAACAUAAGAACAACUGCUUUACCACUCUACUUGAGCAGGACAGAGGAAGACUCAAGCUCCUGAUUGAAAAAGAAAGAGAAUACCAGGAAAUAAAGGAGGAGAAAAAUGAAAGAGAAAUAUCUUCUUUAAAAGAGGAGCUGACCAAGCUGAAGGCUUUUGCACUGCUGGUUGUAAAGGAGCAACAGUGUCUGAGUGAGCUGCUGGAGGAGCAGAGGCGUCGCGUCACAGAACUGACCGCUAUCACUGACCAAAUCGAGCAGGACACCGGGGCUGCAUACUCCAGCGCAAGGAGGGAGGAGGUCAAAUCCCUGCAUCUGGAGGUGGAGCUCCACAGCCAAGUUUCUACCUAUAACCAAAGCCAGAUCACCAUGACAGCCCCAGGUCUGCUGUCAGAGGUGGAGGUACUGAGGAGAAGAGUGGUGGAGAUGGAGGGGAAAGACGAGGAGCUGAUGCGCAUGGGGGACCAGUGUCGAGACCUGGACCGCAGACUAGCGAGGGAGAUCAGUCACGCCCGGGGCCUGAAGGUUGAGGUGGAUAACCUCAAUGGCAGAAUCAGUGAAUUGGACAGAAUAGAGGACGCGUUAAUUAGGAGCAAACAGGACUGUAGUAUUCUGAGGGGCAGCUUGGAGAGAGAAAGGGAUGUCAGCAAAAUGCUGUCGGGUGAGUUAGAUAAUUUGAAAGUCAAGGUGAGAGAGCUAGAGGCUGCUGAGGGCCAAAUGGAAAAGGGUGAAGCUGCGAUUCGACAGGACCUGGCCAAGCUCAGGUCCCUGACUGUGGCUUUGGUGGAGGACAGAAAGACCUUGGCUGAGAGGUUGCGACAGGCGGAGGAAAAGCUCAACAGGAAGGAGGGCAAAAGAAACGAGCAAAGCCCUUUGGCAACAAUGACAGAAAGACUAAGAGAGGAGAGGCAGCAGGAGCUAAGGUCUCAAGCAGAUAUAGAGGAACGGCUUAAGGACAUAGCAAAGGAAAAAGAUGAGCUCAGAGACCGACUAAAAACAGAGGAGGGGAGGAACAUAGAGCUACAGAAUAAAGUAACCAUAAUGAAGAGACGGUUACAGGUCCUGGAAAAUAGGAAAGAAAAGGAGGAGAAGUACACACACGGCUCUAUUCCAAACAACACAAACCAUCACUGCCAAACAGAGGACAACAAAGUCAAAGAACUGACCCAGGAGCUGGAUGGGCUGCGAAGGAGACUCCGGGACAAGGAGGCGUUAGAGGGAGAACUGGUGAAGGUGGAAGAGGACUUUGAGUCCCUGGAAAAGAGGUUCAAAGAUGAACAGAGGAGGUCUGCGGCUCUGAGAGAGGAACUCGAGGUGGCAAAGAGGGAGCUUUCCAGGUACGAGCAGGCAGAGAAGCAGGAGGUCAACCAGGAACACCUUCUCCUCUGCCGUCUUCAGAAGGAGCAGGUGAAGUCCAGACUCUUAGCCAGAGAAGUAGAGACCCUGAAGGAGAAACUCCAGAAGCUGAUGGGGACCGAGGCGUCCAUCUGCAGGGUGCAGACGGAUCACUCCUCGCUGCAGCUGAAACUGACCCAGCAAGAAGCCAGGAACAGAGAGCUGGCAAGAGAGAUGAAGGACCUCAGUGGUGAGCUGGACAGAUGUAGACGAAUCAAAAAUCCGACACCCAGCGCUAACAGAAAACUCUUUUCAGACCUCCAUCAGACCACCAAAGAGGUACAAACUGAGCCAGCAGACAGCCUGCCCCCUGACUACAGCGAGCACAGCGCGAAACUAGACGAGGAAAAUGACGACGAGGACCCAAACUUCAAUGUGCAAGUCAUAAACAGAAGAAGCUCUCUGGUCAACAACCUAAACAGCUUGAACAGCGCAAAUAACAACAUAAGCCAAUACGGCAGCCAUUCGGGCAACAGCAUAGAUAUGCACCAAACGGUUAAUGGAGAGGUGAUGAUGUUGACCCACACGCGGGGGCAGCCCUUGCACAUCAAAGUAACACCACAUCAUAUACUGAACACAGCCACACUUGAGAUUAGCAGCCCCACUGGUGACGCGGCCCCAUCCUACACCAGCACGGCCGUCAUCCCAACGGGCGGAGCCUCGCCCAAGCAGAGAAUCACCAUCAUCCAGAACUCAGGUUUGCCUGCAGUUAAUACUAAAACCCCCCCUUCGAGCCCCGACCGCACCAUUUCCCCGCCUCACGGCACAACCAUCACCCGGGUGUUGAGUCCAAAUUCAUCACGCUCCGUGACGCCCGACCUCAGCGGCUCGCCCAUUCAGAUCGUAACAGUCCGGACCUGCUCCCCAGAGCCAAUAGAAGCUGCAAAUCAGGCUGGUUUCUGCAAGACUCCAGAGUGGCAGAGCGGCUGGCAGCAUCACAGGUCCAACAGCACCGACUCGAGUCCCAGCAUCAUCACCACAGAGGAUAACAAGAUCCAUAUUCAUCUGGGAAGCCCAUAUAUCCAAUCUCUCAACGGUGUGACCCACAGCCUCCCACAGCCGGACGGACCGUACUAUCUUCGACACGAGCAGAGGACUCAAGUAGUCGCCAAUGGCUGUCAUGUCAAAGGUGCUGGAAAGAUUUCAAGUAGCAUUACUAUAUCCCCUGCUACCUCUCCAGCCUCACACUCCUCAAAUAUUACAGUAAGUGGCCUUUGUGAAUAGGAGAAAAUAUAUAUUCUGAUUCUGAUGUUAUUAUAUUUUUUGUCACAUUCCUGGACCACACAACUAUAACCACUUCUUCUAAUGAUAGCCAAGAGAGUUUUUUGUAUUUGGUAACAAUGGCCAUGUAAAUGCUUUGUGGUGUUUGACCUACAAGAGUAUUUGUAAAACCUGCUCUAUCUUAUUAGUGACUUUAACAACCCUUUAAUGUUUGUACGACAUGUGUCUAAUACCUGUAUGAGAGCUAAGUGAGAUAUCGUUGCAACCGUACAUGAUGUGCUUUUCACAAUGUAGUGUUUCAAUAACGUUUUUUUUUCUUCUGUUCAUUAAAAACAUUUGUGUUGUUUUUUACUUAAUCACCUUGAACACCAUUAAGUGUGAUUUGGCAUCAACUGAGCUUCAUGUUGCUGUGCAAAUAAAUACAACACAGUUGUAAUUGAAAAAGAUUAUUGGUUAUUAAUGAAAAAAUAAAUGUUUUCACAUUUACUUUAAAAUAAAAAAGUCUUCUGUCUUCUCA